AUGGAUCACGAAAGGGGCCCGAACGUCAAGGCCGAGGACAAGCCGUACGUGGCGCACGAUGUCCUCGAUGAGACGGCCAAGACGGCGCUCGUAGGUCUCGGCAGUGGCUUCUUCCUUGCUGCUAUACGGAAUGCCAUGUCAAAGCGAAACGUCGGUGCCAUGAGCGUCUUUACGCGCGGAGGACCCAUCAUCGGAAUAUGCGCGGCUGGUCCUGGAGCCUAUGCAUUCUUCUCCCGAACGAUGAUGAACCUGCGCGAAAAGGAUGACGCGUGGGCCGCCGCCUUUGGUGGCUUCAUGUGCGGCGCCGUUCUCGGUCUCCCCACACGAAGGCUACCCGUCCUCGUCGGCCUCGGCGCCCUCGUCGGCUCCGUCCAGGGAACGCUCCACUUCUUCGGUGGUCGAAUCGACAGCUUCAAGCACGAGGAUGACGAGUUCGCCCGCAAGGAGACGCUUCGAAGGACGACCCGUUUGCCUGUCGAGCAGACCGUUGCCGAGAUUGGCGAGGGACGAGGUAUUCGACCUCCGGGCUACGAGGAGCGGAGGCGAGAGCGCAUGCAAGAAAAGUACGGCUUCGAGAUCAACCCCGUCAACGCAACUGUCGAGGGCAGCCAAUAA